GUUGGCAGUACGGUGCCUCCGCGUCAUUCACGCACUGAAUUAUAGCCCGACCAAUCAUGUCCGAAUCCGAUUCCUUACCAAUUUUGCUCUUCAUUGUCAGCGCUGAGGAGAUCAAGGACACCGAAGACUCUUGCGCCUGUUCUGAAAGCAGUACUCAGUCCAAGCAACAUUACGCUUUGGUGCCUGUUGACGCUCGGUCAGUCAUCUUGCAAGAAUUGAGGAAGCUCAAUAUCAUAGUCCUUGAGGUAUCCAGCUUAUCGGAUUCGUUCAAGGAUAAAAUCCUCCAGGGCACGGAUGUCGAAGUUCUCAAAAUCCUCCUAGCAGCUCAGCCGCGAACUGGCAAUUGGAAAAUAUAUACAGUUGAAGAAACCAAGUCUACUGUGUCCCGAAUCUUUACCGGAGAUAACAACACGCUCGCAAUAAUCGACGAAGCACAGCUCAGGAACCAUAGUUUUCUAUGGACGAAAGACGAUGUAGCGUCAAUGGUUUUUGACGUCGCCGUUUCUGUCAAAAAUUGCACGCUUUUGCGGAAGCUUUUGGCGUUAGGCAUCGACAUAAAUGCAGCACUAACUGUAAGUCAAAGAUGCGAUUGUAAGGGAGGAACACUACUACUCACAGCCGCAAGAUUAGGGAACCACGAUGCCAUGGCGUUGCUUUUAAGCUAUGGACCGGAAUUGAAUGUCAAGAACCCUCCUGGUCAAUCCCCACUUUAUGUUGCUGCGAAGGCGCAACAAUGGAAUGUAGCUGCCUUGCUGAUCGUGGCUGUUGCUAGUGCAAAUGCUCACAAUGAUGAUCUUAUAUCCGUGCUGAGUAUAGCUUCCUCGCAUAAUCAGCCAGAAAUAGUGAUGCUUUUGUUACAACAUAGCGACUUUGACCCAAAGGAUUUGGCAUCGGUCAUUGUUGAGGCUAGUGCAUCGGGUCAUAAGGAAGUAGUUGAGGUCCUUUGUCAGUUUGGAGCUCGAGGAGAUAUGAAAAACGAGUCUGGUAACACGGCAUUGCACGAAGCAGCAAAAAUGAUAGAUUGCGAGCUCCUUGAAAUUCUCAUUCGUAACAGUGAUGACAUAAACGUUCUGGAUGAAGGCCAAACGCCUUUAGUUAUUGCAAUUGUAGCAUAUCUUUUACGUGGCAUAAUGUGUCUCGAACCCUUGUAUCUUUCUGGAGUAGAAAUUUGUCUUCGGGAAGCUGCAUUCGAGGUCAUCAAGCUGUUUCAUGUACCCUUAUGGUACUUGAACCCGCGUGACGCAAGAUAUCACGUGGAACCGUCAACUGAAGUCAUUAAACUGUUGUUGGAACAUGGAGCCAACCCGGAUAAGGGGGCUCCAAUUAUCUCUUUAGUGAAGUUGGGACAAGCAGAAAUUGUGACGCUUAUUUGUAAAUUUGGAGUUCGAGUAAACAUUAAGGAUGAGUCUGGUUGCACGGCUUCACACGCAGCCGACCGGGACAAGGGGACUCCAAUAAUUGCCUCUUUAGUGAAGUCGGGACAAGUAGAAACUGUGACGCUUCUUUGUAAAUUUGGAGCUCGAGUAGACAUUGAGGAUGAGUCUGGUUGCACGGCUUUACACGCAGCCGUAUUCUGGGGGAAUACUGAGCUGCUUCCGAUCUUAAUGAGCCGUGUAAAUUAUUUGAAGGAUGUCGCAACUUUAUCCAAAGAAAGGACGUCUCUGGCAAACGCAGUGAAUGAUGAGCACCCGGGAUCGAUACCUGAAUUCGUCAAGCUGAUUUUGAAAAACGGGCCUGACCCGAAGAGUGGGGCUCCAAUCAUCUCGGCGGUGAAGAUGCGAAAUUUGGAAGCCGUGAAGCGUCUUUGUGCUUUCGGAGCACGAGGAGAUGUGAAAGAUGAGUCUGGUCUCACGGCUCUACAUGUAGCCGCUAGGCUCGGAGACCUUGAUAUUCUUAAGAUCCUAAUCAGUAACAGCGAUGACCUAAACGUUUUGGUAAAGAGAACAAUCGAAGGCUCACCAAGUUAUCAUACACCAUUAUCAGAAGCAAUCGAAAAUAAUUGUGCAGGGGAGGUUUUGAAUAGUAUCGUAAAACUGCUGCUAAAUCAUGGAGCCGAUCCAAACAUAGGGGCCCCAGUCGUCCACGCAGUGUACAAUCGAAAGGAAGAAGUUGUAAGGCUUCUCUGUGCUUUUGGAGCUCGAGGAGAUAUAAAAGACUACUUUGGUAUGACUGCUUUACACAAAGCAGUACAAGGCGGAGGAUCCUUUGAACUGCUUAGGAUCGUAAUUAAUAACAGUGAUGACUUGAAUGUAGUUACAGUGGACGGCAGGACGCCAUUAUGGUUUGCAGUUGCAUUCGGGUUUGGCGGAGAAGCUUUAACUAGAGCUAAGCUGCUAUUAGAAAAAGGAGUCGACGUGGACCUUGGGAAUCCACUCUGCAUAGCAAUUACCCGCAUGGAGACAGAAGUUGUGAAACUUCUUUGUAUCUUUGGAGCCCGAGUGGAUUUACCCGAAGAUUUCUCAAUGGAAACGUUUCUCCAUGAUCAUGAUCAUGAAUUGUGUAGUACCAUUAUGUGUCAUAACUUUAAUUUUUUCACGAAUUUUUUACAAUGGCUCAUUUCUAAAGAGGAUCUCGUUUGGUAUAUUAGUAAUAAAAGUUUGAGCAAGAUCUUAGAAUAUAACUUUAGAGAUGUUAUGCCUGCCGUUUGCUUGUCUUACAAAGGAGGUAUAGUCAAAGGCAAUGGAGUAAUGACGGACUGUUUACUCCGUUUUUUAACUAAAAUAUAUGUAUUCGAUUUGAAAACCAGUCAAUCCGUUCCAGAAAUUUUACAAAAUGUUCUGCGCUCGUUUUUCGGAGGGUCGAUCUCCCCCGCUGUCGAGGGAGAUCUUUAUGGACGUACUUAUUCUGAAAAAUAUGACCUCCAACCAUUAAUAGAAAUGUGCCUCGCGGAAGUACGCGCAUUGAAAGAUGUACACGUGGGUGCUAGUACGUGGACGCUUCAUGAUGUUUUGACUAAGAAUGUCGAGCAACUGGCAAGACUUGCCAGGACCGAUGACUUUCAGAAACCACUCGACCUCGAACUGGAAUUUCCGCAGUACGGUAGGAUUGUUGAGUAUCAGCGGCAGAGAGGCUGCCAGAAAAGGCAGCUCCUUGACCAAGCCUUAACGGUUUCUGGCCGUAUUUUUGGAGAUUUACCAAUCGAAGUCACCGAAAAAAUCUUGGAAAAAUUAAGUAUCUUGGAUUUGCCUGCGUUCGAGAUAGCCUGUUCUUCUCUGUGAUGUAUCGCCCGUUGCGUUGAUAAUAUCCCGCAAUAGUCAAGGUUGCCACAGUCAGCGAAAACCGGGAAAUGCAAGGGAAUUUUAAGAGGUCAGGUAAAACCUGGAAAUGGCAGGGAAAAUGACGAAAAUGUCAAAGAAAAAUCGCUAAAAGUCGCCUUUAUUUGCUUUUAGAGUGGAUUUUACGUUUCAAACAACAAAUGCCUAAAACCUAUCUCUUAUUAUGUCUUCGUAGCCAUUCGGCACAUCUUCAAUUUUCAGGGAAUUUUACCAAAAUUUAUCAGCGAAAACAGGAAAAUAUCAGGGAAUUUCUUUUUUUAGAUUCGGUGACAACGCUGACUAGUCCGCGCAUACUUCCCCUAAGAUCUCUCACCUUGUUUUUACUUCGUUCGUGAAACAAUAUUAUUCUUUUAUUCAAUUUUUUGUUGUUUAGUUUACCGUUGUAUUAGUUUUUACCUCCUGCGGGCUGAUUGUUGAAAUCGAUAGAAAAAACGAUGGACAAAGAAGACGUGGGCAGUAUGGAGCGAUCCUUUUGGUUGAAAUGGGUGGUCCCUGUACACGAAGGGAGAAAAUAAUGGAGUAACUAUAGGGUCUCUCGUGGGUUGCCGUUAGUUUAGUCUAUAUGUAUUACCUACCUCCUUUGUCCAUUGCAACCGCCAAGUUCCACCGAUAGGAUCCUUCCACACCUAUUCCUUUCGUCCUCCGUUUCUAUCGUUUUGUCUACCGAUUUCAGCAAUCAGACCACUGUUACCUUUGAAGUUUAACCACACUGAUGAAACGAUUUUCGACGGAUUCAUCUUCAGUUGUGUGAUGCACAACGAGAACUGGCCAUCCAAUCUUCAAAUGAGUUAUUCAAUCGUCGACUUUAGCGACCGAAUUUCCAAUUCUUUUCUCCAUACUACUCUGGGCACCGUUUUAUUAAAGCCUGGAAUCGUCUACAAUUUCUAUCUCCCCCCUUUCCUUCUUUCCCCUUCACUCUUUCUCUUUGAUAAAGUCUUACUUUACAAACUGAGCUUUUUUCCUGGUAAUAAUGAAUCUUCAACUUGAAGCAUUUAAAUGUAUUGAAUGUUUAUCAUGAGCCAUAUGGGAUCCGUCUAUAGAAAGGGAUUUUCAAGCACAUCAUAAUGCUAUAGUAUACUUACGGGUGUACGUGUUUUAAACUCCCCUCUAUGUAGAAAAACCUAAUCUGCUUAAUGGAAUCCAAGUUAUGCUGCUGUGUGGAUCAAAGUUAACGAUUCAGCCCUUAUUUUUUUGCAUGCGUAUCAGGAAUGUGUAUCCAAAAUUAGUCUUUCACUCUCGUAUUAUCUUUUUUGUAUACUAGUCUAAGUAAACUAUUUUAGUGUAUCUUUUGAAGAAAAAUAUUGUAUUUUUUUUACUUUUUGGUUCCAAAAUUAAAAAUUUAAAUUUACUAAAACAA